AUCCACAGACCCAAACCUGGGCGAGAAUGGCUUCUCGAAUCGCAAGAAGAGUCAUCGGGAGCGGCUUCUUUAGAUGCAGUUCAUCGGCUGCAUCUGCUAGGGUUUUCAAUCGGGGCUUCGCCGAAUCGGCGUCAAGCUCUAAUCUGAUUCGCGCCACUCUCUUCCCCGGCGACGGAAUCGGCCCCGAGAUUGCCGAGUCCGUCAAGCAGGUGUUCAGAACUGCUGAUGUGCCUAUUGAAUGGGAAGAACACUACGUGGGGACAGAGGUGGACCCUAGGACCCAGAGUUUUCUUACAUGGGAGAGCCUUGAAUCUGUGAGAAGAAAUAAGAUUGGGUUAAAAGGUCCAAUGGCUACACCUAUUGGAAAAGGUCAUCGUUCUUUGAACCUUACACUGAGGAAAGAGCUCAAUCUGUAUGCCAAUGUUAGACCUUGCUACAGUCUACCUGGAUACAAGACUCGCUAUGAUGAUGUAAACCUCAUUACAAUUCGUGAAAAUACUGAAGGAGAGUACAGUGGUCUUGAACAUCAAGUGGUGAGGGGUGUGGUUGAAAGCCUCAAGAUCAUUACACGUCAAGCAAGUUUGAGGGUCGCAGAGUAUGCAUUCCACUAUGCACAGACACAUGGAAGAGAAAGAGUUUCUGCCAUACACAAAGCCAACAUCAUGCAAAAAACUGACGGUCUUUUCCUCAAGUGUUGUCGUGAAGUUGCAGAGAAAUACCCUGAUAUAAAAUAUGAAGAAGUUGUUAUUGACAAUUGCUGCAUGCUGCUUGUGAAAAAUCCAACACUCUUUGAUGUGUUGGUGAUGCCUAAUCUUUAUGGUGACAUUAUCAGCGACCUUUGUGCGGGUUUGAUUGGAGGUUUGGGUCUAACACCGAGUUGCAAUAUUGGUGAGGGUGGCAUAGCCCUUGCUGAGGCAGUGCAUGGUUCAGCACCUGAUAUUGCUGGAAAGAACUUGGCAAACCCAACAGCUUUGCUUUUGAGUUCGGUCAUGAUGUUGCGACACCUGAAUCUUCACGACAAAGCUGACCGCAUCCAGAGCGCCAUCAUGACCACCAUUGCAGAAGGGAAGUAUAGGACUGGGGACCUUGGCGGGAAGUCUUCCACAACCGAAUUCACAAAUGCAAUCUGUGAUCAUCUCUAAACAACGUUGCCCCAAACAAGCAUCCAUUCAUUUUCCCAUUCUGGUUCGCUCUCAAGUAGGAAAAUUUUAAAGUUUUUUUCCCGGUGUUUAUUGGGAAGGCAAACUCAGUGACUUCAAGAGUCACACUCAUAUAAUGUCACGUCGUUCGCCUUGCUGAGUUUAUCUACAUUUUGGAAAAAUAAAAAAAAAGUUCUUCCCCCCCAACGGUUUUUUUUGUUCUGCAGGAAACUAUGUUUGGCGGGAGCCAUUCUCAUGAUUCAUUUAUCUGAUUAAGAAGCAUAAUACAUUUAUUUUUGGUGGAUGUAUACAUAAUUUCCCCUGCCGGAUUCGGUGAUAAUUUCUUUCAUUUUU